AUGGGAGGCUAUGGUGGAUACGGAUCAUACAGCAGCCCAUACAGUCGCUACGGCUCGAGUUACGGUGGUUACGGAUCAUCCUAUGGCGGAUACGGUGGCUACGGGAGCUAUGGCGGAUUAGGCGGCUUUGGGUCCCCAUACAGUCGUUUUGGUGGUGGUGGCAUGAUGGGCGGACCAGGCGACGAAUUUGGCCAACAAGGAGGCAUGGAAUCUAGUACACGAGCUACAUUUGAAGUCAUUUCACAAGUUGUCAGUGCAUUUGGUGGAUUCGCACAAAUGUUGGACUCGACUUUCAUGGCAACACAUUCCAGUUUUAUGGCCAUGGUCGGUGUUGCUGAACAGUUUGGAAAUUUGCAGCAUUAUCUUGGCAACUUGUUUAGCAUUUAUGCAUGGAUUCGAUGGUUCAAACGGUUGUUUUAUCGAUUGACUGGACGAGAGAUACCACCUGAACUCUUGGAGCAACCACCUCAACAAGAAGGUCAACAACGACAAUUGGAAGGUCCUGAAGGUCAAGAAGGCGAACAACAACAACAACAACAACAACCCAUCCGCCGCAAGCGAUCUAUUCUGUUCGCUCUCGCUAUCUUUUUGGGUCUCCCAUACGCACUUUACAAAUUGUUCCAGCGCGCACGCGAAUAUAAUCAGCGACGAUUGUUAUUGCAAGGCAAAGAGGAGUUGGCAACGGUCAUGCAUGAUUUUGUUGCAGAGGGACCUAUGGAGUUGAACUUGCGGCAAGGCCAGACCAUCUUUGUCACAUCCAAGGUGGAUCCUGCCACCGGCCAUUCCAGUGAUUGGUGGCAAGGUCGUCUAGAGAAUGGUGCAGUGGGCAUUUUCCCGGCCAACUAUGUCAUGCUACAGCCACCUAGUGGAAUCUCUUGA